AAUCACAUCCCUAGCUAGCUUCCCUUUUCAUUAAUUCUACUCCAAACCAGAGCAAACCCAUUUACACAGUCAUAUACACUAGCUAAUUUCACUAGCCUGAACCUUUGACCUACUGGAAGCUCAUUCACCAAUGGCUUCAUCAAAGGAAACAGAGAUGGGCUUGCUCAUGGUCAUAGUGGCCAUGCUUUGGGUGAGAGCCACAGCUCAAUCGGGUUGCACAUCCGUGCUUAUCGGCAUGGCACCAUGCCUCAGCUACAUUACAGGGAACUCCUCCACUCCAGCUUCAUCGUGUUGCUCACAGCUUGCGAAUGUCGUUCAGACACAGCCACGAUGUCUUUGCUCGGUUCUCAAUGGCGGUGCUGCAUCAUUGGGUAUCACCAUUAACCAGACUCAGGCUCUAGCACUUCCUAAUGCUUGCAAUGUUCAGACUCCACCCGUUAGCCAGUGCAACGCUGUCAAUGGACCCACAACUUCUCCGGCCGAUUCUCCAGCCGACUCUCCGGCAGAUUCUCCAGCAGAUUCCUUUGUGGAUUCUCCAGAUAUUUCUCCAACAGAUUCGUCAAGUGAAACUCCUGAUACAACUUCACCAUCUGUAUCAACCAUUCCUGCAGGUGCUGGAUCUAAAACCGUCCCCUCGACGACGGGAGUCGUUUCUCAUGGAAGCAGUACCAAGAAGCCCCUUCAGCUUGUCUUCUUCCUCCUAUUCACUGCAUCGUGUGCUUCAACUUUUACCAGCUUUUGAUUCUUCUCUGGCCGGAUAUGGCGUUUAAUUUGUUUCACUAUUUACACAUAUAUUUGGCCACCUCCUUGAAACAAUAUAUACUUACCUAGAAAAGCCCGGUGUGAUUGUAUAAUAAAUUAUUUAAUACCU